CACCACGAAUAAGGGCAGGUUUGCAUAUGACCGCCGUGUAUACACACUCAAAUGGAUCUAAUGCGUUACCUUUCGAGGGAAUGACUCAGUCAAGGGCGCGUUUAAUUAACGGAGUCUUCCUGCUCUUCAGAUCGACGUGCACCGGUGGGCACGAGAACACCCAAAGUGUUUGACUUCAGUCCUGUCAUUGGAAAACACAAUGGGAUGCGCUUCUAGCACUCAGACCACCGCUCAAGACACAACACGAGCCAACACCAAACAAGAUGGGAGCACCUCUGGUAAUGAAAAUGGUGGUCUUGCAGCAGACAAUGAAACAAUUACAGCUCUUGAUUUUACCGAGGAAGUACAGAGCUCUGCGUCUGCUACAGCUCACAGUGAGCCAGAAGCAGCUCCAGUUGAUGCCCAAGCAGAAGCAGCUCCGACUGAUGCCCCAGCAGAAGCAGCUCCGACUGAUGCCCCAGCAGAAGCAGCUCCGGCUGAUGCCCCAGCAGAAGCAGCUCCUGACCAGUCUGCAGAAUCUGAACCCAACCCCUCCACAGCAGCUGAAACUGAAGAAUCUGCACCAGCACCAAGUGAAAAUACAACCGAGGGCCAGGCAGAUUCCUGCCCACCUGAGGAAGGACCAGGUAAGUGUAAUAAUAUCAUUAAAAAAGGUUUUUUGUCUCUAUGUAACUCAAUUCCCUUAUCCACUCUUUUUCAGCUACUGGUGAGGACAGUUAAGUGUGCAUCGAUUGCCAGAGUUUCUGCAGAAUCCAGACUGAAACACAUAUUUCCAAUACAAUCAGGAUUUCACUUGAGAUUAAUAAAACUACAAUGAAACAGUAGUUUAUUUAGUUAAUGCUUUCUUGUUGCCAAGGUAUAGACCCACUUAUCUUCGAAUACCAUCUUAUAUACAGUACUGUGCAAAUGUUUUAGGCACUUGUGAGAUUUGUUGCAUAGUGGGGAUGUCUUCAAAAAUAAUAACAUAAAUAGUUUUCAGUGUCUGUGGGUGUCAUGCCAUCUGUUGCAGGACUCCCUGUUCUUCUAUUCGAAUCUUUUCUAUUUGCAAAAGUAAUAUUUGGGAGUCUAACAUUUAUAUU